CGUUCCAUUGGCAGCCCUGUAUCUGGACAAAAUGUAGCAGCUUCAGUGGGGACCCAAGAUGGCCGAAGGAUGACAACAUACAGCUGUCAGUUGGUGCGAACAACGAAAUUUUUUAAGGGGGAUUGGAGGGAAAAUGUCUCACAUUCAGUAUGUAGACGAGUUGGUCAAGGAGUACUUGCUCUUCCGAGGCUUUAGUCAAACACUGAAGGCUUUUGACAAUGACCUGAAGGCGGAGAAAGAAAAGGGGUUCAGGGUCGACAAAAUAGUGGAUCAAUUAAUGCAAUACAUAUACAAUUACGACCUGGCGUCAUUGAGGGAAUUAUGGGGACACUUGGAUACUAGAAUGUUUUGUCGUCUGGAGAGUCACUUCACACCUGCCAUCAGAAAGCUGGAGAACGCCGUGCUGAAGAUGUACCUGGUGAAUGCGGCCGUGAACGGCAAACAAGACAGAAUCCAGGAGUUUUUUACCAAAAUGGCGCCAGAACUACAGGGUCACUCAGAGUGGAAGGAGUGGUUCGCAUUCCCCUUUGUCAAGAAUCCCGAAGACAAUCCAACUUAUUCCGUGCAUUUUAGUAAGCAGUGGCAUGAUACUAUGUUGGUAUCUUUACAUAAUUUCCUAGCAACAAUCGUUCAAUGCAUGCCACAGCCGACGUUACUCACGAUAGACGAGGAUACAAACAAGUUAAAACGAUUGCAAGAGGAGAAUGAACUGCUGAGGCAACGACUGAGCGAGUCCGUCAAAAUAGAGAGCAUAUCGGACGUGAACCCAGGUUCGGCACCCCAGUAUCCUCAAAUUAUGGACGACUUUUAUAUUAUUGCUCAAGAAUCGCCGCUACUGGAAAAUCCUAAGACACUGCGAAAUCUCAUAAGGAACAUUGGCGGCGGAUCCAGUCCAAUUUUAAGUAGAAAACCUGCAACAAACAUAAAGAAACUGGUGGAACCUGAAGCAAGCUCGACGAAACGCACCAACACGAAGGGACGAGUGAACUCGAUCAGCAAGUCCGAGGCAGUCGCCAAGAGGAGCAUCAGCUGUGAUUCAAGAUUAAGUAGUUCUAGGAAAAGAGACUCUUCUAUGGACACUGCUGUCGAGAGGAAAACCAAGGAAAAGAUAGAUUCCAGUUAUAUUCUUCUAAGUCAGGUAUCACAUCAGGACGACUGUCUAUCUCACGUCUUUACAUUCUGGAUUGGCUCCAUUAUUCGCGCGGAACGUUUACAGGAGGAAUACACCGAGCACAAAACCUCCAUAAUCCAAUGCAAGAGCAACGCUAGCGGAUCGUACGUCGCGACGGGCGACGCCGACGGUAUCAUCAAAGUAUGGACGCCGAUUCCCUCACCAAAGACCGUUACUACGUUCACCUCCGCCACGGCGAAUUCCAACAAAGCCAUCACCUCGCUAGACUGGAUAUCGAAGAACGAACGUUACUUCCUGCACGGCGACAACAACGGUUUAAUCCAGCUGCACGACACGCGGGACUGCAAGACACUCUGGGACAUUCAGCACGAGAAUUCGCGCGUCGUCACCCUGAUCUGCAAUCCGACGGAGUCGACGUUCGUCUGCUCCGUGUCGAACGGCAGCGAGGGCAAGCUGCUGCUGUACGACAUCAAAACUAGGAAGCUCGAGAGGACCCUGUCGAUGGAGCAGAACGUCACCGCUCUGUGUUCCGCGUUCAACCACAACGGCCAACUACUUAUCACGGGAUUGUCCAACGGCAAUAUACUGAUACACGAUCUACGGCAAAACGAGAUAAUCGACAAUCUCAACUGCCACUCCAGCCCGAUAAUCGACAUAGAGUUAAUCCACGAUUUCACGAACAUCUGCGCGCAGAGCGAGGACGGUAAACUAUGCCAAAGAAGCUUGAAUCACUCGGGUAAGAUCCUGUGGGAGACCAAGAUCAAGAUAGAGAAGAACCCCGUGCACGGGAAACUGUUCACCUUCGACCAGAGUGGAAGCUACAUGUUACUUUGCACGCAGACCGGAGGCAAUAUAUACAAGAUGCCACCAGGCGCUCAAGGGAAAAUUCUAGAGCUAGGCGGACACAAGGGUACCCUGUGCUGCGACUGGUCAACUGCCAAUCAAUCCGGGACUUGCAUAACCGGUGGCGCGGAAGGGAAGGCGCGAGUGUCGACACUACUCUCACCAUGAUAUAGGAACAAAAUUAGCAUUUGUGUAAAUUCGUAAGGCAAAAGAUAGUUUACUAAGUUAUACGAUAGAACGAAUAUUGUAGAUAUUAUUUUACUCGCUGUGUAUCAAAGUCAAAGGGCAACGUGAGCGGCUGUAGUAUGUAAGAAUGCGUCAAGUAAGAUCCCGAGACGUACCGUGUAUAUCGCCAAAGCGUCGGUAAUUUUUGUGUAAAGAAGAAAAAAAAAA